AGAAUUGAAUCUUGAAAGAACAGCAGUUGAAGAAACUAGAGAUGAAUCAGAACAAACUGGACAGCUUGUGAUGGUAAAGAGAGACAGUAGAGCUACUGCUGAUAGACACCAAGAAAAGGAGCAAAGAGGAGUGAAGGGACCUGACUUGCUAGAUAUUACCAUCAACGACAAAACUCAUCAACAUGAAGCAAUCAGUUUGACAGAUAUGAGAGCGUCUUUGUCUGCUAUUCUCGACAUAGUAAAUGAGAUCAGGCAGACACAACUUCUUCAACAGCAAGAUUCAGGUUCACUCGAGCGGACAAUUGUUCCACAAAGUGACGAUAUUUCUGCUACGUCAUCAAUGGCACAGAUGGAUAGUGUGCAAGAUGUUUUCCAGACUGCCUCAUCUCCACUUGAGAGCUUGACUAAUGACAGAUCAACUGAUAAUUUUCAAGUCUACCCUCAUUUUCCUAACACUUUUCCUUCGUCAUUUACACACGAAGAAGCAGUUGCUAGUGCCAUUACUCAGUUGCUGCCUGCCAUUGAGACUUUAAUUGAUAAGAAACUCAAACCAGAAGACAAAAGAGAAGAUAGUGAAAGCAGGACACAAUUAGAAAAUAACUUGACCAAACAGUUACAAGAAGACAAAGCAAGAAUCAGUCAACAUACAGAGGAACCAGCAAAAUUAGCUCAUGCUGAGACAAAACUGCAAGCUAAAAACAAACAGAAUGAGCACACAAUAGCAAAUCAGCAGGAAAUAGAACAAGCACGACGUGAGUUAUCUGAAUAUGACAAAGAGAACAAGAGUCUUCACUUACAGCUGAGUGGUGUGCAAGAAGACCCUAAAACUGCUGUCAGUGAAAAGGAAGAGUUACGACAAGCACUGAUGGCCCUCCAAACACAAAUGGAGUUAAACAAUGAACUGAAAGAAGUGACAGCCAACUUGCACAAGCAGCAAGAAAAUGAAUUACGGCAAGAACUAACUAUGAUACAGAGUACACUGACACAGAUGGAGAUGCAGAUACAGAUGAAAGAGAGAGAAUUAGAUGAAACAUGCAGGGAAAAGGAACAAGAAUGUCAAUGCUUGAAACAACAACUGACACAAACAGUAGCAGAAAACAAAGUGAUGAAAAGCGAUAGAGACAAACUACAAGAGCUCUGUAGUGCAACUGUUAUCUCUCGUGAUCAAACACAAUUGCAACUACAAACGCUGGAACAUGAAGCAGCUGAAACUCGACGUCAGCUACUUGAUGCAAAGGAAAAGUAUGACCAGUGUGAAUCUCAUCAGUCACAAGUUAAGCAAACUCUACAAAACGUCCAACGACAACUAAACGAAGCAGAAAGAGAGCUAACAGAGAGUAAAUCACAAUCGAAAUCAAAGGAGAUUAACCUACAAGAUGCUGUUCGUCAACUGAAUCAGAAAAGAGCAAAAUUGAAUGAAACUGAGAUACGCUUAUUGUCAGUAGAGCAAACAAACAGUAAAAUGCAAAUGAAACUGACAGCAACUAUGGAAGCAGAAUUUCAGCUACAGACAGAAAUUGUACAACUUCAAGCGUCAAAUCAUGCACAAGAGAAACUCGCGGAAGAAUGGAUGAAACAACUUGCAGCGAAUAAGAAUGAAAUUACAGAAUUGAGAAAAGAAAAGGAGAAAUAUCAAAUUGAACUGAAGAGUGCAGAAGAAGAACUAAAGAAGCAAAUAGAAAAACAAUUUCGCCUUGAAAAUCGAAUGCAAGAGACAGAGGGAUCAUUGGCUGCCCUGACAGACAGAGAGAAAAUGCUUAAAGAUCAACUAGGCAGUGCUAUUCAGCGAGCAAAAGAAAAAGAAUCAGAGAUGGUAGCUACGAUGGACGCCUUACAAACAAGAAAUGUGCUGUUACAAGAGAAACUGGCUAGCAAAGAUGCCAGUCUCGUGAAGUCUGCACAUACCCAUGCUGAUACGUCUGGUAGAAUGCAACAGUUGAGCAAAGAGCUGGAACGUGUGCAACAAGAAUUGUCACAACAGAGGGAAACAACAAUGAAGCAGCAAGCUGACAUGAUCAAACAGCAGACUGAUUACCAGCAAGUGGUACAUAAACUAAAGAAGAGGGAAGAGAACAUUCAAAAUAUGGAAAAUAAAAAGACGAUGUUGCACCAAACCAAUGACAUUCUUCUACAAAGAGCAAAAGAAGAGAGUAGCAUAGAAAUCAGCAGAGAAAAGGAGAAACUUGAGAAACUGCUUCAACAAAUGCAAUCAGAGUUGUUGGCUAAAGGAGAGACGUUAAACAAGGCAGAGAACGCAGUGACGAGUCUGCAAAGCGAAAUGUUGCAUCUUCAACGUAAGGUGACAAGUCAGGAGGGAGAGGUGUUAGCCUGUCAGGUGAACCUCGCGCAGAGCACGCGACAAUUGCAAGAGGUAAGAACACACAACGAGCAACUGACUGCUGACCUACGGACAGUGAGAGCAGAGCGAAACGGUUUAAUGGAACAAAACGAGCAACUUCAAGCAUCAUGCAAUGAGCUGCGUGCUGACUUGCAAACCGUCACUCAAGACAAAGAGAAAAGUGAUGAGAAGGCAGAGACGAUGGAAAUUGCAUUUGAAGAAGAGAGAAUGAAAUCGGAAAAGCUUGCUCAAGAGUACAGCAAUGUGACGACAAAGCUGGAAGGUGACUUACAAGAAAGACAACAGGCGGUAUCUGAUCUGAAUAAAGAAAUCAACGGUCACGUUACGGAGAUAGCGGCGCUCAAGCAAGCAAAUAGUUUACAACAGAUGCAACUAGACCAGACCACAGUAGCACACGACGACGUAAAGGCCCAGCUGGACAAGGAAACGAGCAGAAUGAAAGCGGAGGCGGACAGACUGCGUGAUGAAUUGCACAGUCAGAAAGAGGAGAGUCUGAUGAAUAGGACUACAGCGGCAGAGCUGCAGAAUCACCUGGGAAUGACGAGGCAAAACCUCGCGCAAGCAGGAGAGUCAAUGGAGAGACAGCAAGAAGUACUACGGAGCGAGGCGGAUGCGAGACAAAAGCUGGAAGCGGAGAGAAGAAAGCUGAAAGAGCAGCUUGACCAGGAAGAAGAGAAAACAGCACAAUUAGAGGAACAAAACCGGGAGGUGCAAUCCGCAUUGGCUAAAACUCACCAACAACUUUCAGAGCUGUCCAAACGUCUUGAACAAGCUCAAACAACAAGCAAGACUUGGAAAGCAGAGUUGGAGGAAAAGGAUGUGGAAGUCAAUAAACUGAGCACUGACAAACAUAAAGCUGUAGAUGAGAACUCCGAGUUACAAAGAUGUCUCUAUUAUGCAGAAAGCAACCAAAGAAGACUGGAGGAAGAGAUGAGAGCUCAGUCUGAUAGAGCAGAUCAACUGCAGGGAACAGUAGAAAAGCUAAACGAUGAGUUGCAAGAGGCAAUUCGAUUACGAGAAGAGAAUGAGAAAGCACGAUCAGUUGCAGUAGCCAAAAUCAAAUCUCUAGCAUCCAGAAACCAAGAUGUUGAGCGCACCAUUGAACAAUUGACAGCAAUUCAAAACAGUCUACAACAGUCGGUUGCUCAAGCCAAUGAGGAGAAGGACAAGAUGGUCACUGCCCUCGAGUCAAGAAUAGAAGUACUAAAACGGGAUGUAGAAAAGAAAACAGAAGCUUUAGAAUCUCAAGCAACGUCAGAGAAUCAACUGAGAAGGAAACUUAAAGUGGCAGAAGACGAAAGCAAGCGAGCAGGCCAGCUAUUUGGUCAAUUGAGCGAGUUGCAAGCAAAACUAAUCAAUGCUGAAACGAGUCUCGAACAAAGCACUCGAGAACUGACUGAAAUAAGAACAAAUGCAGCCGUACUGCAAGGCGAACGAGACCAAUUGAUGGUGAUCCUUCGAGACCAAGGCAUACAGAAGCACACAGAAAAACCGUCCACACCAGCCGCAAUGAAACGGCUACGAGCAGGAACUGCAUCCAAGCAAGAUGUUCUUGUGCUGUUGAAAGACAAGGACGAAGAAGCACAAAGACUGAAGGAAUACGUUGACAAGCUACUGUCUGCUGUAAUAGACCAAGCACCAUUUGUGUUGGAAGCAAUAAAGUGAAUUGUUGUACACGAUUGUGUGCACUAAAUUAUGCAUGAACUUGAGUUGUUAGUUGAGUUUGCAUGCACAAUGUAGAAAGAUGUAUUCCCUGUAUUUGCAACAUAUUCAACGCGACAUACUAACAACAACGUCUCUUGAU